AUGACGAGGGGCAAGAAAUCGAUUAAGAAGCAAGGGAAACUGGACUUCUUUGUGGAGAGACUGAGGGACCAAGAUGGCGCGGGCUCGCCGGUCACCACGCGCUCCUCAGGUUCUGCGGAUCCGACUUCACCAACUGUCUCCCCACCUCAGCGAAAGAGUCCGCUUGCCUCCCAAUCCUCCCCGACACGCUUACCUCCUCCAACCGAGUCCUCCUUGACUCCACCGGAGACGAGCUCGCCUGUCCGGCACAGCUUCUUCAGUCCUCGCGACAGAGACGGCUCCCCCUGCCAGAGCCCACCGAAGCAAAAGCCGCGGCUCCACGGAGACGCAUUACCACCAGCAGGGGUGAGUGAACUGGAUACCCCGUCUCUAAUUGAUUACCCUACAACUGAUGAUGUAGCCACUGGUAGCAUGAUAAAAGACAUGCUAGUUGUCUUCAGCCGCUCCAUGCAUAGCGAACUUGCGGCCCUGCUGUCGCCCCUGCAGGCCUCCAUAGCUGAGGCAGACAAGCACCUCUCAAAUGUGGAGUCAAAAAUGGGGGACUUCGCGGCAUCACACAACCAGCUGGUAGAUGCACAUAAGGAACUCUCCUCUGAAGUUGAGAGACUCAAAAACAAGGUGGUGGACCUAGAGGACAGGUCCCGCCGUCAUAAUAUUAAACUUAGAGGCAUCCCAGAAGACAUACCGCCAAAAGAACUGGAGACAUAUAUACUAGACCUAAUGAGAUCUCUCCUACCAAAUAUGGAUGACAAAGAUCUGACACUAGACAGAGCUCACAGAGUGGCCCGGCCGAAACACCUGCCAGAUUCUGUCCCUAGAGAUGUCCUGGCCCGGGUCCACUUUUUCCAGGUUAAAGAGCUCCUCAUGAACGCCGCCAGGAAGAAAGGCUCCCUGCCAGCCCCGUAUGAAGGGGUUAAAAUCUUUGCCGACUUAUCUGCCUCCACCCUCCAGCAAAGAAGAGCCUUGGCCCCCUUCACCGCUGUUUUACGGGACCACAACAUACCGUACCGUUGGGGCUUCCCCACUAAGGUUCUGAUCCAAAACCAGGUCACGCCUCCACAGAAAGACCAUAUUGAGGGCUUUCUAGACAAACUUGGCCUCACGAAAUUGACACCUGUACAAUUAGACGCUCUAAAUGCCCCCGUGACGGUGGAAGAACUCCAAGCUAUAGUGAAGAAACUACCUGCACAUAAGGCCCCAGGCCCAGAUGGAUUAUCCAAUGCCUAUUACAAGGUGUUUUUCAACCAACUCUCUAAAUACAUGCUUCAGUCAUUCCAAUCAGCCAGGGAUUUAGGUUCCUUUCCUAAAGAAAUACCAUCUCUUCAUUUGGUGAGACAUCUCCUGGUCUUCAUGUUCGCCAUAGAAGAAAUAAACAGAAGAUCUGACCUCUUACCUAAUAUCACUCUGGGAUACAAGAUCUAUGACUCCUGUGUGUUAGAACAUAAAGCUGUACAGAGUGCACUGAGUAUACUGUCAGGACGAGAAGAAGCCGUCCCCAACUACAGCUGUGAUGAGAAGAACAACGUGGUGGCUUUUAUUGGACACUUGAUGUCUUCCCCCAGUCUGUCCAUAGCGGAGAUAACUGGGAUCUAUGGCUAUCCUCAGAUCAGCUAUGGAGCGAUGGAUCCCAUCUUCAGUAACAAGCUCCUGUUUCCUUAUUUCUAUCGCACAGUCCCUGAUGGGUCCACUCAGUAUGAAGCCAUUGUCCUCCUACUGGAGAACUUUGGCUGGAGCUGGGUGGGGAUGGUGACAGUAGAUGAUGAAAGCAGCCAACGAGCCGGCAUGGAGCUCUACAAUACACCGCGCUCCACCUGUAGUGAGAGUUGCCUCCAUGGAUACCGAAAAGUCCUACUGGAAGGAAAACAGAAAUGCUGCUACUACUGUGUCCCCUGUGCAGAAGGCGAGAUCUCCAACCAGACUGAUAUGGGAACAUGCUUAGUGUGUCCUAACGAUCACUGGUCAAAUGGAAGAAGAGAUUCCUGCGUUCCAAGACCGAUUGAAUUCCUGUCUUAUGGAGACACACUGGGGUCAUCUCUAAUUAUUAUAAAUCUUACAUUUUGCCUUGUGACUAUAGUUGUGUUGGGGAUAUUUAUAAAAAAUAAAGAUUCUCCAAUUGUGAAAGCCAAUAACCAGAAUCUCAGUUUCAUACUUCUCCUCUCACUCAUCUUCUCAUUUUUAUGUCCUCUCUUAUUUAUUGGACGUCCCUCAGAUAUAUCAUGUCUCCUCCGACAAGUGACUUUUGGAAUCAUUUUUAGCCUUGCAGUUUCUUCAGUCUUAGCUAAAACAGUGACUGUAGUCUUAGCUUUUCAAGCCAUUAAACCAGGCAGGACACUUAGGCAGUGGAUGAAGAGACACCUCUCCACAUCCUUACUUGUUAUAGGUUCAUCUGGAGAAGUUUUGAUCUGUGUCCUCUGGUUGUUUUAUUCUCCACCAUUCCCAGAUUAUAACACUGGAAUAGAGGUUGGAAAGAUAAUCUUACAUUGUAUUGAGGGAUCUGCCAUUGCUUUCUACUUGUCCAUCGGCUACAUUGGAUUUCUGGCUAUGAUGAGCUUUAUUGUAGCUUUCUUGGCCAGAACACUUCCAGACACCUUCAAUGAGGCUCAGUACAUCACCUUCAGCAUGCUGGUCUUCUGCAGUGUGUGGAUCUCCUUCAUCCCGGCCUACCUCAGCACCAAGGGGAAGGACAUGGUGGCUGUGGAAGUUUUUGCCAUCUCAUGUUCCAGUGCUGGACUUCUGGGCUGUAUCUUCAUUCCCAAAUGUUACAUUAUCCUACUGACACCAGAACUCAACACAAAGUCCAAUAUAAGGGUCAUAAGAAGACAUUGUACAGGAGAAUUUUGA